GUGCACAGACGUGGGAGUUGCUGCGCAUGCUGGUCUAGGAGGUACAGAACUCAACAACAGUUCUGCAAGAGCAGGAGAGGGAAGCAGACGAGAGGACGCUACUUUCGCGUCGGCGUACUUUGGCAAACGGGCUUUCACAGUACUACUGUGGGCGAGGUUUCGAUAUCUGUGACUUCUUGAGAGCAACGCUAAAAAGUCGCUUCUGAUCCAAUGCUCUGGAUAGAAGACAGGUCGGAUUGAGCUCGCUCUGUGAGAGCGGGAGCGGCAAACAUGUAUCGCAGCACCGACUACCAUCCUACCGCCCCGGUCCGAGACUAGCUCCGACCCUACUGUCUAUGGAGCGACACACGGAGCGCGGAACGCUCCGCUACCAAGUGCCCCAAUUCGGUUAUCUGGGAGAUGGUAACAGAUGAACGACGCCGGAGGGAACAUGGUUGAAAGGACCAGCAAAUUCUUGUUGAUCGUCGUCGGCUCCGUGUUCUUCAUGCUGAUCUUGUAUCAGUACGUAGCUCCCGGUGUGAUGAACUUCGGCUCUCCGCUGGGUUACCUCGGCGAGGACAAUAUGGAUAUAUUCCCCACACCGGAUCCGCAUUAUGUCAAGAAGUACUUCUUUCCCGUCAGGGACCUCGAGAGAACCGUUGAUUUCGAAAUCAAGGGUGAAGACGUGAUUGUGUUCUUACACAUUCAGAAAACCGGCGGGACGACUUUCGGGAGACACUUGGUGCAGAACGUGAGGCUUGAAGUGCCGUGUGACUGCCGUCCGGGGCAAAAAAAGUGUACUUGCUACCGUCCCAACCGCAAAGAGACCUGGCUUUUUUCGAGGUUCUCCACCGGUUGGAGUUGCGGGUUGCACGCGGACUGGACCGAGCUCACCAACUGCGUACCCGGGGUCCUAAGCAGGAAGGAGAGCCUGUCGAAUAAACUGAGGAAGUUCUACUACAUCACACUCCUGCGUGACCCUGUGUCUCGCUACCUCAGCGAGUGGCGUCACGUCCAGCGGGGUGCCACCUGGAAGACGUCACUGCACAUGUGCGAUGGACGCACUCCAACACCUGAGGAGCUUCCAGCCUGCUACGAGGGAUCUGAUUGGUCUGGCUGCACCCUGCAGCAGUUUAUGGAGUGCCCUUACAAUCUGGCCAACAACAGACAGGUGCGUAUGCUGGCCGACCUGAGCCUGGUGGGCUGCUACAACAUGUCCACGGUCCCCGAGACUCGCCGCGCCGCGCUGCUCCUCGACUCGGCCAAGAAGAACCUGAGGGACAUGGCCUUCUUCGGCCUGACGGAGCACCAGAGGAAGACCCAGUUCCUGUUCGAGCGGACCUUCCGUCUGCGCUUCAUCCGGCCCUUCGUGCAGUACAACAGCACGCGGGCGGCCGGCGUGGACCUGGACAACGGCACGGUGCGACGCAUCGAGGAGCUGAACGAGCUGGACAUGCAGCUGUAUGACUACGCCAGGGACCUGUUCCAGCAGCGCUACCAGUACACGCGCCAGCAGGAGAGACGGCAGCAUCGGCUGGCGCUGAGGGGGGGGCGAGGGGGCGCGUGGUUCCCCCGGGACAUGUUCAGAGAGGAGGGGGGAGGGGGGGGAGGGGAGGGCACGGCCAGACUGCCCACGGAGGACUACAUGAACCAUAUUAUUAAAAGGUGGUAGCAUCUAUGGACACACACACACACACACACAUGCUUACACACGUUAAACACACACACACAUUCCUGCCCUCUGGAACCUAAAUAGCACCAUGGGAGUUGGCUCUCGUGUGCUGGAGGAUGAGGAGGAUGAGGAAGAGGAUGUCACAAGUAAAGUCUGCUGAUGACACACACAAUGAACCCAGGUAUAUGACCUUCAACCUCUGACCCAUCCCCUGGCAGUUGAUAAUGGAACUGCAUCCCUCUGGCGGAAGAGAGUGAUUGGAAGAGACAGUGGAGAGAGAAAAAAGAGACCCAUAAAUUAUCAAUUAUCUAUGUUUAUGUUUGUUUGAUCUAUCUUUCUGGCCUUUAGAAAUGACAUACCCAAGACUGAUGCCCAUUGAAGUAUUACAUUAUAGAUACAAUUUGAAGUCUAUAGAAAAGCACUUUUUAAAUUGUAUUUUUAUCAAAUGCUCUCCAUUUCUGAUAAUGCCAUCUCCGAUGAUGAAUACUUUUGGUCCGAUCAUUGUGUACAAAUUCAUUAUUGUGGUGGUGUUUAGGACUAUAUUAGAAUAAUAUAAACCAUCUCAUUUUAAACAGUUUCUUUUUACAUUGUUUUUACCCAUGCUAUGAGAAUGUUGUUGAAGAGACUAGCUGUGUUCCAAUCUAAGCAGUGGGCUUCAGAACCUGGUCCUAUCACAUGACAGGGCUGGUCAAUCAUCAACCAAUGGAGAGCCAGACAUUGCAAAAACCCAGCACUGAUAAGGCUGAAAAAAAAAAAGAUUUCUACAAGAGUGUGAAGGUGUGUGUCUGUGCAUGUGCCUGUGAGUACGUUGCGUGUGUGCGCUUUGCGUGUGAACAUGCGUGAACAGAUCAGUCACUACUAAAAAUAUCAAAUUCAAUUUGAAUCUAAUUUGCAUAGCUAUUUCGACAAAAGGUGUCACAACGGACUUCACAGUUGACUAGAUGUCCUCACAUGAGAUCCAGCACAAACCCUGUAGAGAACACCCUCUCAGCUAUGUUAAACAGACAGCAGCUGGUACUUAUUCCACUGUCAGUCUCCUGAUGAGACAGGGUGUUGAUUAUACGCACGGUGAGAAUGUGUCUGCACUAUGGACAAACCAACAACAACACUACAGUUCCCUGAGGAGUGUAUGCAGCUUGUCAGGGCAGUAACGUA